AUGGCCGCGCCGACACAAGUGGUGGUUGUGCCUAUUCCAUUCUCCGAAAGCUAUCUACAGCAACUCACUGAACUGGUUCACGACUGUGAAGUAUUGACUCAAGGCGGCUAUGUAGUCGAGCCUCUGAAAUUGUCCGAGGUCGAGAGGAAGAGGCGUUGUGCUCGGUGCUUCCGCUCUCUAUUUAAACACCAAGGAAAAGGAAAGGAAAAGUUUAAGAAUAAGAAUAAGAAGCAUCAGCUACUCAAGGACACAGUAGACGCCGCAAAAGCUGCCAUGAAGAACGGGGCCUCGUCAGACCCCACCUCCCUUGAUCCCGCCAUCGCCUCGCUCAACUCGUUACUUGUGCCCUCGCAGCCCGCUGUGUUGACUCUCACACCUCCCCGCCGCCCAAGACACCGAAGAAAGAAGGUGCCAAGGCGUGCCGUUUCCACGAUGGACAGAUUGUUCGCGGGGCCUUGCCAGGCCGCCGAACAACACCAGCCAUCCGACCAUUCUAUCCAGUGGCUACUUGCACAGUGGCACUACUACCCAACACCCACCUUAAGCCCUUGGCGGCUAUCGCAGCUUCGCCACGCCGUUACCUUGGACUGCGAGUUUGGCGUUUCCGCAACCGGCGACUCCGAGCUGAUUAGUCUCGCUGUGGUAGACUACUUUUCAGGCCAAGUUCUCAUCAAUCAGCUUGUCUUCCCAAAGGUGCGCAUGCUCCACUAUAACACGCCAUUUUCUGGCGUUCGGUAUUCCGACCUGGAGCUCGCAAAACGCACGGGAAAAUGUUUCCGCGGGAGAGACGAGGCAAGGAACGCGCUCUACUCAUACGUCGGUCCGGACACUAUCAUUAUUGGCCACGCGCUGCAUCAGGAUCUCUCAUCGAUGAGGCUGAUCCACAAGAAGGUCGUAGACACCCUGAUACUUGAGCAGAACAUAGCCGAGACUUGCCGCAUCGACACUGUCAAGGUUGGGAAGGUUGAUGAAGAGCCCGGGAACGAGGAUGGUGGUGCCACCCUAGAUGGGACGAAGCCUGAGAAGAAGCCCGAGCAGCGGAGAUCAGGCAGCCUGACCCUCAAGGCUCUCGCCCGUGAUCGGCUAGGCCGGGAGAUUCAAAUUGGUAGUCACGAUGCUCUGGAAGAUACCAUUGCAACGCGAGAUCUAUGCCAUUGGUACAUGGUCAAUGUCGUUGGAAAGAUGCAACCGGUCGGAUCUAUUGAAGCUAAGACUAAAGCUAAAGGGGGACAGUCUCAGCUUGAGGACUCGCCCUUAGGUGAUGGCCCAUCCGCGCUUGUCGGGAACAGUGACGUGUGA